AAACAUAUGGGAUGACACUGUUAUGCCAAAGAGAGAUAUCCCACCACGUGUCCUGUGCUCAUGCCUGCCGCCUCGAAGCUCCGUGUUCCUGUCGUGUCCUUCCUCGAUGGGAUGGGAACUGCCAUGCGCAAGCAGUUCGCAGCCUCGACGACCCCAGCGGGCGACCUAUUCCGGAGCAGACAACUCGAAAUCGUCGACAUUCCUGUCCCCAUGCUCGUCAAAAAUGCGCAAAACCCGCUGAAUGGCCACAAAAUGGACGACUCGGGCGCCCCCAAAUGGGAGCUCACGACCGACCAGCAACGGGUUGUAGAGCAGGCCAAGAUCGUGGUCAUGGACCAACAUUCAGGGGGCCCGCUCUUCCUGGCGCCCGAUGAAAACCUGCCCAAAGACAAACACAAUCUCCUCCGCAACAUUGAAUGGGUGCAGGGCACGUACGCAGGUGUGGAGCAAUAUUUGAACCGACUAUCGCAUGGCAACAACGCUUUGCCUAGUGACCAACUGCCACAGUUUAUAUUGACAAGGGCAGGAGGAUUCUUGCCUCGGAUCAUGGCCCAGUACGUCUUCGGGUACGUGACGAUGUUGGAACGAAUGCUACUGGAAGCACGAGACUUCCAAAUCAAUCGCGACUAUGCGAGAGAACAGUUGAUUCAGUUCCGACCGGCACAGAACGUGACCAUCGGCAUUCUGGGACUCGGAGAUAUUGGCCAGGGGGUGGGCAGGAUGUUGAGAGCUGCGGGCUACAAGGUGCUGGGCUUUAAGCGUCGAGUUGGCUCGGAAUUGGAUCUGGAACUGGCCGAUUGUGCGGAUCGUAUCACACCAGAUCUGGAUGAAGUGCUGUCCAAAAGUGACUAUCUGGUCAAUGUGUUGCCCAGUACCAGUUCGACACGGUACUUGUUGACCGAGGAGAACUUGGAGCUCUGUCGGGAGCGUAAACCAGUUUUUAUUAACAUUGGACGGGGUGAUGUCAUCGCUGAGAAGACGAUUAUCAACGCUUUGGAUAAUGGCGUGUGGUCACGCGCGGUGUUGGAUGUGUUUGAGAAGGAGCCACUCCCACGUGAGAGUGCGUUGUGGUCGCACCCUUCGGUUCUACUCACCCCUCACAUCUCGGGGUAUGUUUUUGUUGAAGACGUGGCGAGUUUGUUCGUCGACAACUUGAAUCGCUAUCUACGUGGCGAGCCAGUGCUGUACAAAGUAGACUGGACGGCGGGGUAUUGAUCGUCCAACUAUGUUGGUGUUGAAACACAACUGCUAGGUCACAAAUAGAGAUCUGGAUAUGUAAGUGAGACUUUUGUAAUGUUUGGGGGAUCUAAUAAAGAAUAGUAUUUCACCUGGAA